CGGAAAUUCACCAGAAGUUGCAGGAAACACAAGAAGAAGAAGAAGACCUGAGAUCCACAACACCGUUUGAGCGCUAAAAUCGAUGUUCAUCAUGAGAGAGCAGGUGGAUGUGAUUCAUGCUGGAGAACAGCAGAUGCUGCAGACAGCAGUGAAGAUUGAAGUGAAGCAGGAGAUAAAAGAAGAAAACACAGCAGAAGAACAAAAGAGUGAUGAAGAUGAUGAUGAACAGCAGAUGCUGCAGACACCAGUGAAGAUUGAAGUGAAACAGGAGGAGAUAAAAGAAGAAAACACAACAGAAGAACAACAGAGUGAUGAUGAUGAUUAUUUUGUUCCUUCGGGGCUGAUGGAAAUGCAAGAGGAAAGUCAAGAGUUGAAUGAAGAGGAGGAGAAACAUCAGUGUCAGAAACAUCAUGAUUUUACAAUUGGAGAAAAAUCUUUAAGUGGCUCGAAGACUAAGAAGAAUUUCUCACCAAAGAAGCCUCAAAAAAGAGCAGCCAAAAAUACUUUCACCUGCUCUCAGUGUGGAAAAUGUUUUGCAUUUAAAAGCCGGCUUAUUAGACACAUGAAUGUUCAUACUAGAGUGAAACCUUUCACAUGCCAACAUUGUGGAAAAAGUUUCAUAGAUAUAAAACCUCUAAAUGUGCACUCAAGGGUUCACACUGGAGAAAAGCCUUUCACGUGUAAUCAGUGUGGAAGGAGUUUCACACGUAAAGAAAAUCUUGAUGUACACACAAGAAUUCACACUGGAGAACGGCCUUUCACAUGCCAUCAGUGUGGAAAAGGUUUCACAGAUAAAGGAAAUCUUAAAAAGCACACAAGAGUUCAUACUGGAGAGAAGCGUUACUCAUGCCAUCUGUGUGGAAAGAGUUUCACACGUAAAGAUUAUCUUAAUAUACACACAAGAAUGCACACUGGAGAGAGCCCUUUCACAUGCCAUCAGUGUGGAAAAGGUUUUACAUGUGCAGCUCAUCUAAAAGAACAUCUCCAACGCCACACUAACGAAAGGCGAUUUAAAUGUGAUCAGUGUGGUAAAACAUUUUUUGCUGAUUCAGACCUAAAACGACAUCUGAAAAUGCACACAAAAGAGGAGCUUUAAAAGUGUUCUUUUGGUGAAAAGGUUUUUGCACACCUGUUUUUGUUGAAAGUGCUUUGAAAGCACACUGCCUGCCUAAAAAAGUUGCAUAUUCUAAUAUUUAGUUGGACUGCAUUUAGCUUUGAUUACAGCAUGCAUUCAUCGUGGCAUUGUUUCAACAACCUCAUGCAACAUCACAACACAUGUUCUCAUCACAUUGUGUAUGUAGAAAUGCUUUUUCUUUCACUAUUAAACACUAUUAACAUACAAUGUUACUACGUCAAGCGUUUAUCUCCGAUAACGAUCAUUCAAGAUUUAUUUCCGACCACAUUUCUUCUGCGAAGCUGACUGUUCACUACUAUCCUUCCAGGUUUUAAUAAUGCAUUGGACAGUUCUUAAUCCAAUUCCAGUGAUUUCAGAAAUCUCUUUUUUUUUUCUUUGUUUGAUGCAAGCCAAUGUUUUGCCCCUACUGAAACCUUAACAUCUUUUUCAUGACUAUGGAUAUAUCUUCUGACAUGGUUUUUUAAGAAAUGAGAAGCUACACCCUGUAUCAGUUAUUGUGAAAAGUAUUGUUUUGAAACAGUUGAAACAUAUUAAUCACUGCAAUAAUGACCCAAUCAUUGGCUCUUAAGUACUGUCUGCUUAUUUAAAUCCAAAUAUCAACUUUUUGGCCAGGCAGUUAAAGCUACACUAUGUAAGAUUUUUUUGUUAGAAAUGAAAUAAUUUAAUUAAUGAGUGAUUGUAACGUCAGUUAAUUUUAUAAAAUAAUCUGAAGUAAUGUUGGU